UAUGCACACUUUGGUCACACUGCAUCAAACAGCUGACGGUAUAAAAAUAAAAGCGAUUUCUUAAUUUUUAUUUGCUUAUUGAUUUUGGGAAGUUUACGCACUUCAUCCUGAAAUGGGCAAGCGACGCAGCCGGGAGCGUGAUCAGGAACUACAAUCUUCCGGUGAGGAUGGGGCCACCAAAAUGAGCGAACGCAACUCGGCCAAGCCAAAGAAAGCCAAGCAAAAGGGGGAACGCCAUUCCUCCAUUUCCUCAAAUUACUCGCCAGAAAGCAAAAAAUCCAAUCGUAGCAGCCCCUCGCCGGAUAGAAAGAAGCAGAUGCCGGGCAGAAAACCGUGGGAAUCUCCGGAAGCGCAGCAGAUGCGCUCUAAAUUGCCUACGAAACUCUCGGAGGAGGUACAAAAGCAGCGAUCUAAGUGGGAUAGUCCGGAACGCAGCGGCUCCCAUCGCAACAGCACAAGGCAGCGCCGGCACAGUCGCAGUCGCUCCAGGGAUCGUGGGGAGCGGGAUAGAGAACGGGAGCGGGACAGAGAUCGCGAUCGGAAACGGGAGAGGGAGAAUCACUUGCAGCGCAGCGGAAGGGAUAUGGAGCGCAGCAAGGAGCGACGUCAGCGAUCCCCAGGGCAGCGGCAGCGAUCCCGGAGCAAGGAUCGCCAGCGGAGGUCCCCGGAUAGGAGACUUGUUCGCCGCAGUAAAAGUCCCCGCGAUCGAUCCCACCGCGAAGGGCGCGACUUUGGCCAAGGACGCCAGCGAAACCAGCGUCGUGACAAUCGUAACAGGAAUGAGGACGAGCAGUACCAGUGGGGCAAGCAAGGUGACGAUAAUGCGCCGCCUGAGGACGAGGAGCCAGUGGACAAGGAGAAACCCAACUUCGGUCUAAGUGGCGCCCUCACCGAAGACACCAACAAGGUGAAUGGCGUAGUGGUUAAAUACUCAGAGCCUCCAGAGGCCCGCAAACCGAAGCGCCGCUGGAGGCUGUACCCGUUCAAGGGCGAAACGGCGUUGCCCACGCUGCACAUUCAUCGGCAGAGCUGCUUCCUGGUUGGGCGAGAUCGCAAAGUAGUUGACCUGGCGGUGGAUCAUCCCAGUUGUUCCAAACAGCAUGCCGCUCUGCAGUACCGACUGGUGCCCUUUGAGCGGGACGAUGGUAGUCAUGGGAAACGCGUGCGGUUGUACCUUAUCGAUCUGGAGUCAGCCAACGGCACGUUUCUGAACAACAAAAAGAUCGAUGGCAGAAAGUACUACGAGCUAAUGGAGAAGGACGUCAUCAAGUUCGGCUUCAGUUCGCGCGAGUAUGUGCUUCUACACGAGAACAGCAAGGAAGACCAGGAGGACGACGAUGUACAUAUCAAGGAUGAGCCGCAAGAUGCUCCUGCUAAAGUGGCCAAUCCUUAGAUUGCAUACGUGUUCCUGCUUUCGAUUGAUUGGUUAAUUUUGUUAAGCUAACUUCAGACUUUUAAUGUAUUUCGUUUUGAUGUCCAAAUCUUGGGCGAGAGAUAUGUAUGUAAAAACUCUUACGGAACACGGUUUUGCGUGUUCACUGCCAACGAAAAAAUAAAUUUUAACUCGAA